AUGGCUCCACCGACAUGGGCAAACACUGCAGAGUCGGAGUGGCUGCAAGAGCAGUUGCCACACUUCCUCGACCAUCAGAAGUGCAAGAAACUACAGACCUUCUACAGAACAUUGUACACCGAAUGGGACACGCAGUUCCAGGAGCAUGCCCGUCUGUUUCUGGACGUCGAUCUGAUGGUGCAGCUGACACCAGAACAAGAUGCAGAGCUGACGCAGGUCAUCGCGAAGUGGCAGAAGCAACUAUAUAACUGGUAUAACAAUCGCAAACCAAAGGGACGCUCUGCCGACAAGACCGCGGCCUCCAUCCUCAAAAACUUCAUUCCGAAGGGUGCUGUCCCGGUCAAGCAUCUUCCGCAAGUUGUCAAAGCAUACUCACACAAAUAUUACAAGGAGAAGAUCAAGAAGGAUGUUGACUUGGAGAUCAAGGAGAAGAACCUCAAAAAGGGUGAGGCGCUGCCCGUCAUCCGGCGUUUGACACAGGCAGCAUAUGAUGCAGAGAUGCCCGAAGUUAAGGCAGAGACCAUUGCAGAUGUGGAGCAAAAGAAGGCGGAGCGUGAGGCUGAGGAGGCACAGACUGAGGAGGUGCAUUCACAGGAUGAGUAUUCUCCCACGGAAUACCAAAAAAUGCUGGACUGUAUGCCAGCUGCAUUUGAUCAAUUUCUUGGUGCUAUGUCGAAGUCGACCAGUUGGCGAUUCUCGGUAUUUGGGGGAGGACCUAGUCCCGAAGAUGGAGGGAACCUCCGGUUGAUGUUCCACUCCGGGGACGGUCCAAAUGUACUCAAGUUUAGUGACACCAUACCCAACUUCAAAACGCAGUUCAUGGAGUCGUUCGGACAGUUUUUGGCGAUGUCAUAUUCUCUGGCUGACUGUCAAAGGCGCACACUCCCUUCAUCGCUCACUCCAGGCUCAUCAGAGCCACCUCCGGAGGUGACCGCGCUCAACCUUGAGGACCUCUGCUCCAGGAUGGAAGACAGUCCCGAUGCCGAGGACCCUAUUAUUCGUGGUCAGGCAUCGUCAAGCCCAUCGCCCAGCCCAGAUCAGGGCACGCCAGCAUCCGACGCUGCAUCAGCAGAUGUCAGCGAUGCUCACAUGCCUGUCACUGCAGCGGGACCACCACCAUCAUCCGAGGAUGGGUGUCCUCCCACAACUGUCAACUAUGCUCCCCAGUCUUCAUCGGCUACUCCACCCUCCAUCCAUACUCGUGCUUCACCCGUUCCUGCAUCUUUCCAAAACCAUCUACCCGCAUCUGCAAAUGCCGCACUGUCAUGGGCACCAAACCUGGCGGCAUGGCAGUUCGACGUCCCAGCACCUGCAUUCGAUCUGGAUGCAGACCUCCAGCCAAUCUCUCUUGAUGAUGUUAUGCUUGGCAUCGAACUGGAUCGGAUGGUUCCUGUCAGUCCUGUGACAGGCAUGCUCAAUUUCCAGCCUCUCAUGCACAUUAAUGUGCCAUCGGGUCCCGGUGGCAGUCAGCUGGAUGUUGGUGACCCUGGCGUAUCAUCGUCGAACACUGAUCCAAGCUGCUCUCCUGUGUUUGCAUUGUGCUCUCCCUCAAACCCCCAGUUAGUGCCGGAAGCCCCAUCUUCUUCUCUAGUUCAAUCCACACCCUCGUCAACAUCGCCAUCUCUGGCCGCCUCAUCUCCAGGAGCUGGAUCCCUCCCAUCCUUGUCACCGCAUGGAUCAUCUUUGACAUCACCGUCUCUGGCUGAACCAACUACGUGUUUGUUGUCUCUGGCUGCCGACUUGCCCUCUUUUUCAGUUGAAUCUGCACCCACACCAUCGACUGUCCUCCCUGUAAGGACAACCGCAGCGUCAUCUCCAUCGGCAUGCAUAAACGUGGUCAGCUCACCUGCAGAUGAAGAUGCAGCUCCAGUACCGGCGUGCAAGCAUCGUCCAGCAACUCGGAAGCACCUCAACCCUGUCCUUCCAGCACUAAUGGAAGCAGCAAAUGCGGAGAUGGAGUCUGGUACUCUGUCUUCUAAAUCAGGCUGUCCUGCUCGAACGCGCGUUGCACCCAAGCAGGCCGAUGCCAAUUGGUCCCGCAGCGGGAAGCAGCAACCCAUCAUUGCUUCGGGAUGGGAGAAUAGAGAGUCUGAGCCCGCAACGUUGCGCAGAGGGAAAUGGGGUGCAGAUGGGCAGCAAAGUGGGCCGGCGACGAAGAGGAAAAGGUACUAA